CAUGCCAUUCAUUUCUCUUUUUGUUCUUAGGGUUUUGGUUUGAUUUGGCGGCGAAGCCGCCGAAAAUGGUUACGGAGGGUGAAGACGAUGACAAGGAAGAAGAUGAUGCAAGAAGGAAGGAGAUGAAGAUGAUGGCAACGGAGAAGAAGAUGACGAUAAUGAAUUGCAGAUCUGAAAACGUCUAUUUUAACGACAAAUUUAGCUUUUUGUUUAAAAAAUUAAAUAAUACACGUGGCUUGCAAAUAGAUGAAGUAGGGUGGUGAGAGAAACAUUCUUGUUUUUCACGGAGAGUAACCUAGCAGACCCUAUUUAAAGUUCAAACAUGUACUCCUAAGGGCCUGUUUUCAUUGACUGAACUCAGUUGAGCUAAACUGAAAUGAAUAUUUUAUAAGAGAAGGAAAUUAUGAGCUGAACUGAACUGAGCUGAUAUGAAUUGAAUUGAAUUUCAACGCAUGAGAACAUGCCCUAAAUUCGGAUGUUGCUAACGAACACCUUGAGACGUCAGUUAACAAUAAAUUAAUAAAGUGUAAUUACUACGGAGUUUUUAUUUCAAUUUAGUAUUUCCACCUUUUUGCCUUUAAACAUCUGUUCAUCCUUUGCAACAACUACUUAUAGCCAAGUCGAAGCUCCAAAGCGCCAAACAGUCAAACACCGCACUCAUUCAUUCGAACAUUCAAGUAAGAAGACUAAGAACUCAAUAAAAAAUGGCCUCCAACGAUCAUCCACGCCAAAUCAUUCGCAAUUUUAUUCCUAUACAAGUUUGUAAGGAGCUGGAAUUCAUUCACAAGAGCAAUUGUACAGUUGGGUAUAGACCAAAUGUCUUCUCUACUACUCUCUCUCAUCUUAUUGCCACAAAUUGUGCCCAUCUUAUUAUGCCUUUCAUCCCAAUUCGAGAGAAAUUGAAGGAAAAGGUUGAGGAAGUGUUUGAUUGUGAGUAUGAGUUAUUUAUUGAAUUCACUGGUUUGAUUAGCUGGAAUAAAGGAGCAAGUAUUGGGUGGCAUAGUGAUGAUAACAGAGCUUAUCUCGAACAACGUGACUAUACGGCAGUCUGCUAUUUAAACAGCUACGGGCAGGAUUUUAGUGGUGGCGUGUUUCACUUUCAGGAUGGGGAGCCAACAAAUUAUUUGCCAAUGGCUGGGGAUCUAGUCGUUUACUCUGCUGACAACCGCAACAUACAUUGUGUUGAUGAGAUAAGUGAUGGAGAACGACUUACAUUAACACUCUGGUUCAGCCGCAAUAGUUCAUUUGACGAAGAUGCUAAACUCGUUUCACUCUUGACUCAGAGCAUAUUAGAUAACGAGCCUGCUCCAUGCGUUCCCUUACCGGCACCUAGCAAUAUGUAUUGGUUUUCUUUAGACCGGGGCUCAGGUCAUCAACAAGGCUAUGACAUAUGCUUUGCAAGAUUAUUCAUUUUGGGAUUUAAUAUCUAUACCACUCAAGGAAGGAUUUGUAUUCCAGAAAAGCAUAAGCUAGAGAGCUCUGAUGUACUCAUGAAACCAUUGAAGCUGGUUAGGGGAGACAGCUUAUAUUGCCAAGAAUUUGCCAACCUGUUGCAUGCCCUCCAGGCUGUACAAUUUUAUGUCUGGAAACAGCCUACCCUGCAACAAUCAGAAGUUACCAUGGAUACGAGUGAUAUUGUAAUAUUAUCUGCAGAACAAAAGGAGAUCGUUCAUGAGCUAAGAUCUGUUUUCUUGAGCACUAAGACAACAUUUUGUGAUUCAUAUCCUGCCGUGAGCAGGGAAUUUCAUUUUGAUUGGGCUUGCUUUUUUGCUGCUAUAGAAUCAUGGAAAGAAUACACAUUCGAGUUGCAUAAGCAAUUACUAAUACAUUUACCUCUCUGGCAAGACUAUCGAUCUUUAUUUUCUAUAUCCUCUUCAGUUGUUGAGAAAUGA